UGCGUUCUCUGUAUUGUUUUUUAACAUUCUAUCUUCGACUGUGGUGGUAGCGACCGAAAAUGAGGUCAUUAAUUUUUUUGCCACUUUUUAUUAUUUUAUCUAGUGGUAAUGUAAUAAAGCAGAAUGAAAAUAAUGGUCUAGAGUGGUGGGAAAAUACCAUUUUUUAUCAAAUAUACCCCCGAUCAUUUGCAGACAGUGAUAAUGAUGGAAUUGGAGACCUUAAUGGUAUUACUUCAAAAUUAGAACAUGUGAAAGAGAUUGGUGCGGGGGCAGUUUGGCUCUCACCAAUCUUCCAAUCACCAAUGUACGAUUUCGGUUACGACAUAUCAGAUUUCUACGCUAUUCAUGAUGAAUACGGUACAAUGGAAGAUUUCGAAGCCUUAGUAGCUAAAGCCGAUGAAUUAGAUUUAAAAGUAAUAUUAGAUUUGGUGCCAAACCAUACUUCAAAUGAAAGUAUGUGGUUCCAAGAAGCACUGAACGGUAACGAAAAAUAUUACAAUUAUUUCGUUUGGGAAGACGGUGUGAUUGACGAAGAUGGGAAUAUGCAGCCACCAAAUAAUUGGAGAAGUCAUUUCCGAGGAAGCGCUUGGGAAUACAGAGAAGAAGUUGGACAAUACUAUUUGCAUCAGUUUGUUGUCGGACAGCCCGACUUGAACUUUCACAACCCAGAAGUCGUUGAAGAAAUGAAGAAUAUAAUUAGAUUUUGGUUAAACAAAGGUGUUGCUGGGUUUAGAGUUGAUGCUGUAAAUUGUUUAUUCGAAGUAAACAAAGACCUAUACGAUGGUAAAUAUCCAGAUGAGCCUUUCUCUGGCAGACUUGAUGUCGAUCCAGAUUCUCAUGAUUACCUAUCGCAUAUUUACACAAAAGACCAAAAUGAAACGUAUUAUAUGGUAUACGAAUGGCGUGAUAUAUUUGAUGAAAUAUCUGCGCAAGAUAGUUUAGAAAGAGUAAUGAUGACAGAAGUGUACGCGACAAUACAAAAUGUUGUAAGAUAUUAUGGCGAAGGAGAGAGAAAGGGGGCUCAGAUGCCUUUCAAUUUUAACUUGAUAACCGAUGUGGAUGCCUCCUCGUCAGCUGCUGAUAUCAAACGGGCUGUAGAUAAGUUCUUGACUUACAAGCCAGUAGAUAAGAUGGCCAACUGGGUGGUUGGGAAUCAUGAUAAUAGUCGCAUGGCGUCACGUUACGGUUCUUCGUUGGUUGAUGGAAUCAAUAUGAUCGUCCUAUUACUUCCAGGUGUUGCAGUUACUUACAUGGGAGAGGAAAUUGGCAUGUUAGACGGCGAGGUAAGCUGGGAGGAUACGGUUGAUCCCUCUGGUUGUAAUACAAAUGACCCAAUCAAUUACUACAAAAGCUCCAGAGAUCCGGAAAGGACUCCAUUCCACUGGAAUGCGGAGAAAAAUGCCGGGUUCUCUACCGCUGAGAAAACUUGGCUGCCAGUUGCAAAGGGAUACGAGACAUUGAAUGUCGAAGUUCAGAAGGCGGCAGAAAAAUCUCAUUUAAAAGUUUACCAGGCGCUUGCUGAUCUGCGCCGAGAUGAUGUCUUCAGAUUGGGUCGCUAUGACUCUUUGGCUUUAAACAACGAUGUUUUUGUUUUUAGAAGAUGGUAUCAAGGGGAAUAUUAUUUAGUGGUAGUGAACAUGAGGGAGAAUGAGUAUACUUUGGACUUGACUUAUUUCGAAAAUAUUGACGGAGAUGUUACCGUUGUUCUUAGCAGCAUACAGUCAUCUAAAGACGAGGGAGAUACGUAUCCUGCGUCAGCUGUACCGGUCGUUGGCUUUGAAGGACUCGUUCUCAAGCACUUGUAAAAAUCACAAUGCAUAAAUUAAUAAUGUUUAAAACGUUUGAUCUAGAUCUAAGCAAUACAAUUUGUGUGUAAAUAAAGUCAUGUUUCAAUG